GGGAGCAUGGGUGUCUGGACCUCAGGCACCAAUAUCUUCCUCAGUCUUUGGAGGACGUAUGUGUCUCCAAGGAGCCUUGGAUGGAUGGACUUCACCCAACAUUUGGGCACUUGUUGUUUCGUUGCUUUCAUUUCUGUUGGCCUCCUCUCUGGGGCCUUCUACUGGUUUCUGUCCUCGUUCAUAGUCUUCACCACCUCCUGGAUGGUCACGUGUGCUCUGCUGUGCUGCUCCAAGCACGCACGGUGUUUCAUUCUGCUCUUCCUCCUCUCGUGUGGCCUGCGUGAAGGCAGGAACGCUUUGAUCACCGCCGGCACAGGGAUAGUCAUCUUUGGACACGUGGAAAAUAUUUUUCACAACUUUAAAGGUCUCCUGGACAGUAUGACUUGCAACCUAAGGGCAAAGAGCUUUUCCAUCCAUUUUCCACUUUUGAAAAAAUAUAUUGAAGCAAUUCAGUGGAUAUACGGCCUUGCCACUCAUCUAAGUCUAUUUGAUGACCUUGUUUCUUGGAACCAAACACUGGAGGUCUCUCUUUUUAGUCCCAGCCAAGCCCUGGAGGCACAGCUCAAUGACACUACAUACAAAGCCCUGCGUGUCUUGUACCAGGUGGUGACAGCGACAGAGGUGUUGUCUUCCCUGGGGCGGCAGCUAUUUGCCCUCGCAGGGCUUCUGCUGGUGCUACUUGGCACUGGCCUCUUCAUGAGGCGAUUUUUGGGCUCCUGUGGUUGGAAGUUUGAGAACAUCUACAUCACCAGACAAUUUGUUCAGUUUGAUGAGAGGGAGAGGCAUGAACAGAGGCCCUGCGUCCUCCCGCUGAAUAAGCAGGAAAGGAAGAAGUAUGUCGUCAUCCCAUCUUUCUGGCUGACUCCUAAAGACAGGAAAAACCUGGGGCUGUUUUUCCUCCCGGUACUUACCCAUCUCUACAUCUGGGUGUUGUUUGCAGCCAUUGAUUAUCUGCUAUAUUGGCUCAUUUUCUCCAUCAGCAAACAUUUCCAAAGCUUGCCAGGGCUUGAGGUUCACUUGAAGCUGCACAGAGAGAAACAAGGAGCUCAAGACAUCAUCCAUGAUUCUUCAUUUAAUAUAUCUCUGUUUGAACCCAGUUGCCUCCCUAAACCAAAGCUGCUUCUGUCUAAGACCUGGAUUCCUCUCAGUUUUAUUCUUGUGAUACUAGUGAUGCUAGGACUGUUGUCCUCCAUCCUGAUGCAACUUAAAAUCCUGGUGUCAGCAUCCUUCUACCCAAGUGUGCAGAGGGAGCGCAUCCAAUACCUACAUGCAAAGCUGCUGAAGAAAAGAUCAAAGCAGCCGGUGGGAGAAGUAAAAAGGAAACUGAGUCUGUACUUUACAAAGAUUCAUUUCUGGCUUCCAGUCCUGAAAAUGAUUGGGAAGAAACAAAUGGACACUGCCAGUGAAGACAACCCAUGAGAGGCCCUAUGCAGCUCCUCAGCCA